AUGGGCUCGGACGACGGACACAAGGUUGGCGACAACGGGCUGCCGAUCAUGAGCGCGGACGAGGCCAAGCCCAAGUACGUGGGCGUCGUGGCCUUCACCUUUGCGCCGCUGCUGGUCGGGCUCGGCAUUGCCUAUGCCAUCUACACGCUUGGGGCCACGGGCGCCUACGACAAGCGCAUCAAGGCGCUGCUCGCGACCGACUUGCACUGGGCGUGCGCGGCCGUGGUCGUGCUGGGGCGCACGAUCGCCUUUGUCAACAUGUACCCGAUGGUGCACAAGAGCCAGAUCAUGAAGGGCAACUCUGGCAACCUGCGCUCGAACCCGUUCAUCUACAAGGCGCUCGGCAAGGACGCGGCGCCGAACGCGGUGGUCUUUGACGACGCGGGCGCAGUUGGCGCCUACAACCGCGCGAACCGCUCGCUCCACCACAUGAUUGAGAACUAUGGCGCGCUCGUGGCCGGCCUCGUGCUCGCCGCGCACGUGUUUGCGUUCCCCGUCUUUGUGUGC